AUGAGCAUCAUAGGAAAGUUAAUAAUAGGAAUCCUGAGAGUUGCGGGCCUCAUUGCUGCACCAUUCACAUUUGGGGCCGGAAUCGUAGUGUCCAUUGUAGGGGCAGGAAUUGGUGGCGCGGGGGGAAUGGUCAUGUCUGGUUCCAAAGUCGUUGAGAUAAUCUUGGAAAGUUUAGGACUCAAAGACGUGCAAGCGGCAAUUGAGGACGAUCGUGAAGCUUGUAGUGAGCUCCAGAAACAGUUAGAUUCCUUAGAGAGCUUUAUCUCUAGCUUAGCAGAGUUCCUUAAACCGCUGCAUGAUGACGCGGUUUUGCUCAGAGAAUUAGAAGGAAGUGGAUUUGAAUUUCUUAAUAGCCAGAGGAUAUCUUAUGAAGGGAUUGGCACGUCCACCGAAGAGAGAGUAAAAUUCGGUGCCAGGUUCUUCAGGGCAGCCACUUUACGUUAUCACGUUACUCGUCAAAUCAUCUUAG